AUGGUUACGCUUGUCCCCACUUUUCCUGUUAUCUUUUCGAACAACCUCUUCUUUGCCCCCCCCCACCUUUUUUUCUUUUUUUUAAAAAGUCUCAUUUCUUUUCCUUCUCUCGUUCUUUCUCCCUCUAAUCAUCUUCUCCCCCCCCGUUUACUUCUGGUAUUUUCUAUAUCAUUACUUCUUUCUUUUUCUUUUUCUUUUUCUGCGUUUUUUCUCGCUCUCUUUCUCUCUCCUGCAUUAUAUUUUGCUCUCCUUUUCUCCACCUUAAAAUUCCCAUAUUUUCAUCGUCAGAAAUCAAGAUCUGACGAAGCCCUAUCCAUACUCUAUCUAUCUAUCUAUCUAUCUAUCUAUCUAUCUAUCUAUCUAUCUAUCUAUCUAUCUAUCUGCAUACACAAGCCAAACGGACGCAUACUGUUCCGCAUAUUUUCUAUCUAUCUAUCUAUCUAUCUAUCUAUCUAUCUAUCUAUCUAUCUAUCUAUCUAUCUAUCACAGUCUAUUUAUAUUUAUCGAUAUAUCGAUAUAUUUGUUCAGCUGCCGUUUGUUGCUGUCCCAGCCGAAGGUUUGGAGUUCUUCAGUGACCAGUUCUUCGCUGUGAACUUUAUCACUUUAAAUGCUUGCUAUCUAUCUAUCUAUCUAUCUAUCUAUCUAUCUAUCUUCAUGACGCUCUCUCUCUCUCUCUGUCUUUCAUUAUUUGUCUCUAUUUUUCUUAUUUUAAUCUUUCUUGUUGGUUUUCAUCGUCUCGCUUCUUUAAAUACUCUUUCUUUUUUCUCUCUUUUCGUAAUACUUUUUUCUUUCUUUUAUUUAUUUAUAUUCCCAGUUGUCAAUUUCUUUCGCAACGAAUUUCCUCUAAAUAUGAAAGAUUAUUUGCUUGGAUCCCAGUGA